GCCUGCAGAGCCCCAUCAUCUCCAUCGACCCGCACAGCAUGGCCGUGGCCCAGGGGGAGGACGCCACCUUCAAGUGCCGCAUCCACGAUGGUGCCCGGCCCAUCAACAUCACCUGGCGCAUGGGGCCUGGCCAGCACUUCCAAGACAAUGUCAAGAUCAGCCCCAACGGCUCAGUGAUCUCCAUUGCUGCUGCUCACGCUGGCAACCAGGGCGCCUACCACUGCGUGGCCUCCAACCGCUUCGGCCUCGCCAGCAGCGUGGUCAACCUCCUGGUGCAAGGUGCCCCCACGGUGUCGGUGAUGCCGCCAGGACCUGUGACGGUGAAGGAGGGCAAGUCCAUCAGCCUGGAGUGCCUGGGCCGGGGCGAGCCGCGGCCGCUGGUGCGCUGGAGCCGCGCGGGCUCGCGGCACAAGCUGGAGCACCAGACGCUGCUGCACAYGGAGAGCCAGGCCGUGCUGCAGCUGGCGCCCGCCAAAGCCGAGCACAGCGGCACCUACGUGUGCACAGCGCACAACGCCCUGGGCACCGCGCACGCACACGUGGCCGUGAGCGUGGAGACAGCCCGCCGGGCGCCCGGCGCCCCCGAGGUGCUCGCGGCGCCCGCCGUCACCGUGGUGGCCGGGGACACGGCCACGCUGAGCUGCACCGCUGCAGGCGACCCGGCGCCCACCAUCGAGUGGUCGAAGCUGCGGGCGCCGCUGCCCUGGCAGCACCAGCUGCUCAACGGCUCGCUCGUCAUCCCCCGCGCGGCCCAGCAGGACUCGGGACAGUACAUCUGCAACGCCAGCAACGCCGCCGGCUUCGCCGAGGCCUUCGUUGUCCUGGACGUGGAGACGCCGCCGUACGCCACGAGCUUGCCGGAGGAGAGCGCGGUGCGCGCGGGCGACGCGCUGCAGCUGCAGUGA